CGUUCAGGGUCUGGCUGAUGCCUUCAUCCUCAUGCGCUUUCCGUUUGAGAGUGCAGAGGCUCAACACCUCAACACACAGAUCUUUGAGACCAUCUACUACGCUGCCCUGGAGUCCAGCUGUGAGCUGGCUGCAGAAUUUGGGCCGUAUGAAACGUAUGCUGGGUCUCCUGUGAGCAAGGGCAUCCUGCAGUAUGAUAUGUGGGAUAAGACGCCUACAGACCUGUGGGACUGGGCGGCACUCAAGGAGAAGAUUGCCAAGCAUGGAGUGCUUAACAGUCUGCUGCUGGCUCCUAUGCCCACUGCCUCCACUGCUCAGAUCCUGGGAAACAACGAGUCAAUCGAGCCAUACACUAGCAACAUCUACACACGCAGAGUUCUGUCUGGAGAGUUUCAGAUUGUGAACCCACAUCUUCUCAAAGACCUCACGGAACGAGGACUUUGGAAUGAAGAAAUGAAAAACCAGCUAAUUGCUCAGAACGGAUCCAUCCAGGGCAUUCCCACAAUACCAGAUGACCUGAAGGAGCUGUAUAAGACGGUGUGGGAGAUCUCUCAAAAGACCAUCUUAAAGAUGGCUGCAGACAGAGGAGCCUUCAUUGACCAGAGCCAGUCCCUCAACAUCCACAUCGCUGAACCCAACUAUGGCAAACUGACCAGCAUGCACUUCUAUGGCUGGAAGCUGGGUCUUAAAACAGGAAUGUACUACCUGCGAACUAAACCAGCUGCCAACCCCAUCCAGUUCACUCUCAACAAAGAAAAACUGAAGGAGACGCAGAAAAGUACAAGCAACGAGGAGGAAACCAAAGAACGCAACAUAGCUGCUAUGGUGUGUUCACUGGAGAACCGUGACGAGUGUCUGAUGUGCGGUUCAUGAACUCCGCUCCCGUUGACAAGGACCAUUAGGAUGGUUGCCAAUUUGCGUCUUGUACAGUAUUAUUUACAUCUUGUACUUUUUUAAAUGACCAUAAAGAAUAUAGUAAUUUUCAUUGUAUUAA